AUGGCGAUGAGCGGGCAAACGGGCGAGUCGAUGUUUCAGGCGAAAUAUCGCAUAUUUAUGCAGUUCGCCAAAGUUUGGGCUGACAUUGUAGAGCAUCCUACUGUGGUCUCCGCGGGUCCUGCCUCUCUCAUCUCGACCAUCGCUUCGUUUCCGUUUGAUAGCAUUAAGAGCCGCCUUCAAGUGAAAAACUACCCUAGCGUAUGGGCUUGCACGCGUGCUGUUGUCCGGGAAGAGGGCGUGCAGGGUCUGUUUCGAGGUGUGACGAUUCCUCUGAUUACUAUAACAUUUGUCCGCACUAUGUCUUUUGUGAUCUACAAUAAUACGAAAAAAUGGCUGGAGGGCAUAUUGGGGCCGUCUGAUCCGCAUCUUUGGCGCACCGCCAUGUAUGGCUCCGUCGGCGGUGUUGCGAGUGGUGUUGUUAUCAGUUGCAUGGCCGCGCCUUUCGAGCUUGUGAAAAUUGAGCGGCAACUUGAGUUUCUUAUCGCCUCACAGCGUGCACAGAAAGAGGGCACGCAGUUCGCAUUUAAGCCUCGCUCUGGUACCCAAGCUGCAUGGGACAUUUACAAAAACCACGGUGGGAUCCGCGGCUUUUAUCUCGGCUUGCGCAUUCAUAUGCUUCGUGAUCUGAUUGGGACGGCGUUCUACUUUGGCCUCUAUGACACUGUGCGCGAAGUGGGCGACAGACUCGAAGCGCAGAACAAGCUUACGAUGUUGCCCAGCCCUGUUGUGUCCUUCUUAAUCGGCUCGUUCUGUGGCAUUGUUUCCUGGCAAGUCGUAUACCCCUUGGAUCUACUCAAGACGCAAGUGCAACGCAAUGCCUUGGCAGGCUUGCCGAACCAAAGUUCCUACAUGGUCUUCCGGCGCCUCCUUCUAAGUAGCAAGGACGGCGUGGAGCCGCCAGAGAAGGUCCGCCUAAGUGAUAUUCCCUUCCGUCGCUUCCUCCGUUUAUACCGUGGACUGGGAAUCAGUGUGCUGCGCAGCUUUAUAUCGCAUGGCAUCACUUGGUCCGUCAUCGAGUCCAUCACCCGACAUGUGGAGUCUGAGAAGAACGAUCAUCACUUGGACGUUUCGUACGACUUUGUGGACUUUUAA